AGAGAGAGAGAAGCAGAGAGGUCUGUCGCUGGAGGAGUAUUUGGUGAGUUGUGAUGAAGAAUCUGUUGGACUGAGGUGAGAGGGGACCCCACACUUCACGUCCACCAUCGUCUUCAUCAGCCUCUUAUCUCCUCUUCCUGCUCACCAAUAUCACCGCCAACUCCCUCGAGAUCCUGUGUCCUUGCUUCUGGUGUCUUUUCCAUUAGUUUAUACGGAUCUUGAGGUGUACCUAAUUGUGCUUCAAAUCCCAACAAAUACCCAGAUCUGUUUCCACCUUAUUGUUUCUGAAAAAAAGAACAAUUUGUUUGUUUCAGUAGAAAUUCAAAGAUUUUGGAGAUAUGGGUCUUUGUAUCUAGACUAUACCAUUCUCUUGGGAUUCAAAGUUUCCCAAGUGUCAUAAAAAAGCCAUAUCAGAUCUGAGUGCCCCACCUUCAUUACCUUCCUGGGUUCAUCCAAUACAGCCCCCAUUAACUCUUUCUCCCUCUCUUUGUAUGACAGCUGUUGAGCUUGUCUGUACGGUUGGGUUCCUUACUUGGAGCGCCAUUUUUAAAGCAAAAAAAGAGGGAGAAGAAAAUCGUAGCUUCCUUCGUUUUCUAGAUUGGAUUGGCUAAGGCGAAUUUCGAUUCCACUAAAGUUCGUUCCUUUGAGGUGUCUCUAUAGCUGCUCUUUCGUUCUGAUUAAACUUUGACAGGGAGGCCCACCGUUAGGUUUGGUGGGCUUUCGUUCAGCCUAUAAAAACCCAUAUGCUGAAAGUGGUAGGAAGAUCCUUCUUUGCUUGUUUGUUAAGGUGGUUGAGAAAGAAGUGAAAGAGAAUUCAGUUUCCUCUUUUAUUUUACCAUUGCUUUUAAAGUCGAUUGUUUCCUCCUUUGAUAUUGCCAUUUUUUUUUACGAGCAACCCGUUUUUGACCCUUAAUAGUACUCCGCUUUCCUAAUGUUACUUUACUUCUUGAUCACUUGCUUCUCCUUCAUCCUCUUUAUAAAGUCCCUCCCUCUCAAACCGCUCCCACAAUGGGCUGAUGAGAUGAGAUUGUUGCCCCUCAGGUUUUGGAAAGACUUAUCACUCUUCCACAUAUCUGUGUUGAUAAAGAAUACUCUACGUAGUUGUUAUCUUCCUCUAGUUCCCUACAAUAUGUCCCUGAUAAAGAAGAGUCUAAGUUCCAAGGUGGAGAAUGUCGAGGAGACUGAAGAGAUGUCGGUGUUAGACUUGCCAGAAUUGGCCUUGGAAUGCAUUCUUGAGAGGCUACCUCCUGCUGCACUUUUUAGCACGGCGGCUGUUUGUAGUUCUUUGAGGGAAAGAUGUCUGAGUGACCACCUUUGGGAGAAGCACAUGAAACGGAAAUGGGAUAGAAUUAUCGGUCCAGCUGCAUACAGGGAGUGGCAAUGGUAUAUUGCUUUGAAAAAGGAUUCGAACAAUCUAAAGCAAGGCAAGCACAAGGGCCUCAUGAGGCUUCUCUCUCUUAGUUGGCCUCUUUCAUGGUUUAGAUCGAAGGUCAAUGAUAUUGGCAAGCAAAGAAUUUCUUUGCCCGUGGAUUCGAUCAUGGCUUGGUAUCUUGCUCUUGAAACUGGCAGGUUCUGGUUCCCUGCUCAGGUCUACAACCGCGAGAAUGGCAAUGUUGGGUUCAUGUUGUCAUGCUAUGAUGCUGAGGUUAGCUAUGACUGCCGCACUGACACCUUCCAAGCCAGGUACCCACCUCAUGGAAGAAGAGCAGCUGCUCCUGAAAAUGGCGUGCCGUGGGAAAGGCUAAGAGCACCACCUGUUGAUACUCCUCCACACGAUCUUCAUAUCUCUGACAGUCUACAUGAGUUACACCCCGGCAAUCACAUCGAGAUUCAGUGGAGAAGAAACAAAGAGUUCCCUUAUGGUUGGUGGUAUGGUGUAGUUGGUCACUUGGAAUCAUGUGAUGGGAAUGAAAAUUACUGCCGUUGUCAGAAUAGUGAUACUGUAGUGCUGGAAUUUAACCAUUACACCCCUGGUUCGCGGUGGAGACGUACAAUUAUCAACAGGAAAGACCACAGGGAAGAGGGGAAUGAGGCAGAUGGGUUUUAUGGAGGAAUCAGAAAGCUUAAGAACGAGGAUGAGAUUUCCACAUGGAAGCGACUUUGGCCAGCUGAAGUCCUGGAAUAGCAUGCAUUGUAUGAAAAAAGGGGCUUGGUAAACAUCGUCAUGCUAUGAAAUAGGAGACCAUUCUUUGGGAUCAAGUGAAGUAAUGAAUUUUGAAAUCAGCUUCUUAUUCAGUUGCAUGGAGAUGUAGAGACCAAGCUGCCUUUCAUUCCCCCUCCCCUUUUUCUUUUCCACAAUUUUUUUUCCUGGUAGAUUUCAGAAUUUCAUGUAGUGCCAGUGCAUGAAAAUGGUCUCCCAUAAAUGCCAAAUUAAUGUACAAAAGUUACCCCAAACAGUAUGUUGUAAUCAGUAGAAACUCUCUUCAGGUUUUGGUUGAGAUUAUGUUAGAAGAAUGAUAGCUUUGAAUUCAUACGGCAUCCAA